AUGCGAACAUCCGUGAACGUUGACGCGCUUGUACUACUGGGAAUUCAUCUAUUUUGGUUCUUUGACACGGUAGCGGCUAGUGGCGGAGCUCUCGAUUCUACCCCAACCUUUCAAACCACCGGUGCUUCGAGCACUUCACAUUCCAAGAUAACAGCAUUCUCCGCUACCCUUACCGAUGGACUGGCCCAGGCGGUGGCUCACGAAUCCACUACAGACACCUGUAACGAUGACCUAGCAUGCAUCACGAUGGCUUCUCACGAUCGACUAGGUUUAGAGGCUAUAAGAUCUCUUCACAGUCAGUUAGAUGAUGAUGCCAAUGGAAAUGUUGAUCUGUCCGAAUCUGAUGAUUUCCUAAGAGAAGAGUUGCAAUAUGAGGCUGGUUAUGAACGAAGACAGAGAGCUUUUCACCAUAAUGAUGAUAUGCACAUCAGUGUGCGAGAACUUUGGGAAGCUUGGUUACGAUCAGAAGUUCACAAUUGGACUAUAGAACAAACAUCAGAAUGGUUAACUUCCAAUGUUGAGCUUCCACAAUAUGUUCCUACUUUCAUACAGCAUCGUGUAACAGGUGCUACGCUUCCUCGAUUGGCUGUGAACAAUAUGCAAUAUCUUAGUAAUGUUUUGGGUAUCAAAGAUCCCAUUCAUAAACAAAAAAUUGCCUUAAAAGCGAUGGAUGUUGUUCUUUUUGGACCUCCCAAAGAUGCUGGACAUAGUAUUAAGGAUUUAGUCUUGGUUACAUUGUUAUUUGGAGCACUUAUUGGUUGCUGGUAUGCAUAUCAACAAAAGAAAAACUCACAGAAGCAUCUUCUUAGAAUGAUGAAAGAUAUGGAAAGCUUGCAUAAAGCAGAGCUUGCACUGGAAGAUUUACAGAAAGAACUGGAGAGAGCAAGAAUGGAGCAAGAGAGCGCAGCUACUGAAAAACAGAAUCUAGAGAAACGUUUACAAGACGAAAGUUUGGGAUUACAUACUUCAUAUUCGGAUCUUGAAGUAUCGCAAUUAAAAGCAGAAAUUGAAAUGUUGAAGCUAGAAUUACAACGAGCAGAAGGUGAACUUGAAGAUAGAUGUUGGUCACCACCGGCUGGACUACAACAUUGGCUACAGUUAACUCAUGAAAUUGAAAAUAAAGCAUAUACGAAAAAGAAAAUAGCAGCUGAAAAGCAACUUCAACAAGCACGCGAAGCGUGCGAGAAAUUGCGGAAAAAACGUUCCAGCCUGGUGGGUGCCUUUGUAUCCACUCAUGGGAAGUCCAUUGAUGAAGUUGACAAGAGCAUUGUUGAAGCAAGAACUGCUCUGAACGAAGUAACAGCCGAGUUACAGGAAAGGGUACAUCGUUGGAAACAAAUUGAACUUCUUUGCGGUUUUAAUAUUAUCAACAAUAACGGAUUGAACUAUUUAGAAACUGUUCUAUAUAGAGGGACACCCAAUGGUAGAGGUUUUGGACUCAGAGGACGACUCAGUAGCCAAGAUGAUUUAGAUGAUGAGGCAUGUUCUUUGUACGCUCCAUCUUCGAUCGGUGCUGCAGGUGCUUUGGACAACUCGGUGUGGAAGGAGUCGUCAUUACCGCCAGACUCGUCCAGCAGCGAGGCGGAUAGGGAAAUGCAGCCGGAGACGGUCCACUUCGUGCUGGGCGACGGCCCGGACGAGUCGCCGACUCCUGGAGCCUUCGGGAAAAUCGUGGUGUGCAAGGAGAAAACCGGCGGCAUCGUACGCUCUUAUAGCCAGGACACGAACAUGCUGCUAAACGAGGACAAGGCUACCUCACCGUUCCUGCCGAAGACAUCGUACUCGGAGAAUUCGCUCGACAUUACGGACAGGCCCGGCGGCUAUCGUCUUGCGGUAACGUCGAUUAGCACGACGGCGACGACAACGACGAGCGGGAAGAAGCCACUGCGGGAAUUACCUACGGUAAUGUCAGUCGACGACGAGACGCUCUCGACCGAUUCCAAUUCUACCGCCGACAACGACGAGCUUAAACGAAGGCGCCGGAAGCUGCACUUUCCAGCCUUUAGGAAGAACAAAACUAAAGUUACGUGAUGAACCGCUAGUCACAUAAUGUCGUUUGUUACUUAAUUGCUAUCCGUUAUAGUUAGUUUGUAAUCGCGACGUGCACUUAAAAGUUAUAUUGUUCUACCGAAAUGAAAUACCAUUACAAUCUGUCACGCAUCUAAGCGCAAGAUAGAUGUUGUUAUGUCGCGGGGAGACGCGAACGGGAGGAGCGCAUUCCGCGUGUUAUUACGCAUUUGCCCGAUAUAUAAAUUGCCUAAUCUCCAUUGUCGCAGUUAAUUCGGCAGCGAUCCAAAAUCCAUCGGACUCACGAAAAUAGUGUACAUAUUUUAGAUCGGCCUUCGCGAUCACCUCGUGCAAUUCCGAUCGAGAGUGUGUGUGUGUGUGUGUGCGUGUGCGUGCG